UAGACUAAUACACAAUGUAAAUCGGGCGAUGUUGGUUGUCACUCUUCGCCAAGUGUGCAUGUUUCUAUGCAUAUAUUUCUAUGUAUAUAGGCUCUACCGUCAGCCGUUAUAAGCUCUAUUCUACUGUCUUCAGGAACUAUGAACGUUCUGACGCUGUUAGAUGUCGUCGUUGUUACCGUUGUCGUGGCUGCAGCUGACCGACGAUGUGCUCCGGCGUCAUGGAAAAUCACCGAACGAGCUAUUGGUUUCACGGUUUCUGAAAUGAAUGGUUUCCACAGAGGCUUCAAUGAUACAGAAAUAUCCGCUGUGUACUACGACAAACUCCACAACAGAUCAGCUCAAGUGGUCUACAGGAACGUAGGUGUCGACAAUGUACACGUGAAAGUGAUCACUGAUUACAACGCUGGACAGCAGUACAUGAUAGACUUGAUUGAAUCUGGAUGCCAAGUGCAGAAGAUAACGUGGGGCUUCCCUGAAAUCUGUGUACCAGAUAAUGCGGAUCAAGUGUUUGAUUACGUCCUUGGUAUGGACACCAACGACGGGAACUACAUCGACGCUGUAGCUUUUGACCAGAGGCUGGACUAUCAUGGAGAUCACGUGUCUCUCACCGUCACUCUCACCAACGACCUUUAUGUUCCUGUUCGGAUACUGAGACGCGGAUUGGACGCAGAUACCUUCCUGUUCGUCUCCCUGCUGGGUGACGUCGUGUCUCCUUUACCACCAGAGGAAUCAGACGUAUUCACUCCACCCAGUGACUGCACGACUGUGGAAAGUAUUCCCAGCGUGCUCCCCGGGUCUAUGGCAACUUUAAUGCAUCACUAAAACACACGCACUACAAGAUGGCCGCCAUAUCCACCUGACAAAGACCUCGCCUCACUUCGAGUCUCCAGCGUUGACGUGUUCAUGUAUUGCUGUAUCUGCGUGAUCAAAUAAUAAAUAUAUGCUCACAA